AUGGGCCCAUCCGGCGAUGGAACUCCGCAGAUUCGAGUUAACAGGAACACGGCUCAGAGACCGGAAGAGACCUCCGAAGCGUUCGAGGACCGCACCCUAAGUGCCAUCUUUAAGGUUACGAAGAAGCCACUGGAAUACUUGCUUUCGUGUUGGAAACGGGUCAUGAGAUUGUACAAAGGCUUCAAAAAGACAAAACCAAAUGACCCAAAAUACGAAGUUGUGAAGGAAGCUAGGAGAUUAUGCUUGAGUUACUGCAUAUUCGCUGCUACGAUGCCAGAGAUGUUCGGACUCGAUACACCGCACUCAUCGCCUCUCAAACCUCACCUACUACAGGAGCCAGAUUGCAACCUAGGUCUAUGCCAUGAUUUCCUUUCUGAAGCACUUCAACGCGCUGAGGAGGACGACACGAUUAUACCCGCAUUUGUCAGCGCUGUGGAAGAGAUGAGCCGCGAUGCUUCAACCAUGACUUUGAACGAUGAUUAUAAACCACAUAUGAUGGCUUUGCGCAGACUUGUUCGAUUCCCCGCUUUGGCCGUUGCUAUCACAGAAUCCCCUACUUUCAAUUUGGACGUAGGGGCGGAUAAGUUUGAAACUGCGACCCUUUUAGGGCCAUGGUUUAAGAUGUCCCCAUUGCAGAAAGAAAUAACAAUGUCGUACUUUUCGAGCCCGAAAACACGGGACCAAGGCUCCAUAAUCAGUGCACAGCGAGCGAUGAGGAUGACUCAACAACUCCACAGUUCAGACCUCCUUGAUAUCAUUAAUCAUCUUGUUAGGGCUUCAAAAGCAGCCAGAGAGCGUGUCUUAGAUUGGUUUGCGGCGUCUGUCAAUAUCAAUCAUAAGCGCAGGGCUCUGCAAACAAAUCCUGAAGAAGUUUCAACUGACGGUUUCAUGUUCAACAUUACGACAUGCCUUGAUCAAUUAUGCGAGCCUUUUAUGGAUGCAGCAUUCACCAAGAUUGAUAGAAUCGAUUUAAACUACCUCAGAAGGAAUCCACGGGUGCAAAUAAAGGACGAAACUAAAAUAAACGCGGACCAAAAGGCUUCCGACGAGUUCUACUCCGAAACCUUAGAGGGCGAGUCGAAUUUCAUCAGUGAAAUCUUUUUCUUGACAGUUGCUGCCCAUCAUUAUGGAAGCGAGUCAUUGACCACAUUAAUGGAGCAACUUGAGAAAGACCUGCGUCACAUGCAGGCUCAAAUAGACAAGUUUGAGAGCGAAAGGCCUAAAUGGGCUGGAAAUCCUGCGCAAGCCAGACUAUUUGAAGAGGCUUUGAAGAAAUACAAGGACAGAUUGGAUUUUGGCCUUGCUUUCAAAUAUAGUCUCCAGGGCCUUUUACUGGAUGAGCUCUGGCAAACGCGAUCUAUGCAGUUCAUGAGAUAUGUCAUUGUCUGGAUGCUAAGGGUUGUUUCCGGUCGCGAUUUUCCCAAGGAACCACUUGAGUUACCGCUGCCUGCAACCGAACCUGAUGCUUUUAAGUGUCUCCCAGAAUAUUUUUUGGACGAUGUCGUGAGCAACUUUAAAUUUAUCAUGUGGAAUAUGCCUCAAAUUGUCACCUCGACCCAGGGAGAUGAACUGAUAAUGCUCUGUAUAACUUUCCUGCAAAGCUCAGAGUACAUCAAAAAUCCGUAUCUCAAAGCGGGAUUGAUCACCAUUUUGUUUUGCGGGACAUGGCGUCGACCCAAUGGGGCCAGAGGAGCUCUUGUUGACCUCCUUAAUUCUAUGCCAUUUGCUAACAAGCACCUCCUCCACGCUUUGCUGAAAUUUUAUAUAGAGGCCGAAUUUACCGGUACACAUACCCAAUUCUUCGAUAAAUUCAAUAUUCGGUUGGAAAUCUUUCAGAUCAUUAAAUGCAUUUGGCCGAACGCAAUCUAUCGAGAUCAAUUGUCGAAUGAAGCGCAGAAAAAUUCGGAGUUCUUCGUUCGCUUCGUGAAUUUACUUUUGAAUGACGUUACAUUUGUGCUGGACGAAUCAUUCACGGCAUUUUUAGCAAUUCACGACACGCAAGUUUCCCUGAGACAAGGAGGAGAUGAAAUGGAUGAGAAUCAGCGCCAGGAAAAGGAAGAACAAUUAGCGGCAGCCCAAGGCAGAGCCAAAAGCUACAUGCAACUGACUAAUGAGACCGUAACUAUGCUUAAACUAUUCACAGAAGCCCUAGCGGAUUCUUUUACUAUGCCUGAGAUCGUGCAGCGCCUAGCUGAUAUGUUGAAUUACAAUUUGGAUGCUAUGGUUGGACCGAAGAGCGCGAAUCUGCGCGUGGACAAUCUGGAAUCGUACCACUUCCGUCCUCGGGCACUGUUAAGCGAAAUUGUGGACGUAUAUUUGAACUUGAUGGGGAAAGAUAACUUCAUUCUUGCUGUUGCGCGAGACGGACGAUCUUAUAAACCGGCAAAUUUUGAUAAGGCGGCGGAGAUUCUCAACAAAUGGGCACUCAAACCCCAGGAUGAUAUGAUCAAGUGGGAUAAACUAAAGGCCCAAGUUAAGAAAGCAAAGGAAGCAGAUGACCAGGCCGAGGAAGAUUUGGGAGAGAUCCCGGACGAGUUCCUAGGUUCGCUCCUACAUCGACCAAUUCAAGCUACAAAGCGAUUACUGAUGUGUUUUCUAGAUCCCCUAAUGUUCACGCUGAUGGAAGACCCUGUAGUACUUCCGAGUUCCAAAGUUUCCAUCGACCGCUCGACUAUCCGGUCGCAUCUCCUGAGCGAUCCGAAUGACCCCUUCAAUCGAGCUCCUCUUAAAAUCGAAGAUGUUCUUCCGGAUACGGAUCUAAAGGCCAAAAUUGAAGCUUUUAAAACCGAGAGGAAGGCUGCAAAGCUGGCGGUGACGAAGCCUACGACAGGGAAUCCGGACGCAAUGGAUACAACCCCAGGAUAA